UUGUCAUGCGUUACGGCCGGCCGAAUAAGUUUCGACGAGUCAGCGGGAGAACUUUGUCUUAAAGUGAGUGGGUCCAUUGUGUACACGCAGGCCCAAAUGUUUUUUUUUUUAGUAUUAUUUUUCUGGUUAGAUGGUGGUUUUGCUGUCAGUUAAAUAUAUAAUGUGGAAUUCUCUUUUAGUUUGUCAGUUAACUAACAUUCACUUUUUAAAAUUAUUGAGGUGGAUGCUAUUAAGCGUUAGCGUCAAGAUAGUGGACUGAAAGGUUAAAGCUCUGUUUGUUUUAGAUACACAAGGUGUCAUUCUGUUUUAUGUUUCGUUGAAUUUAGUUCACUGCCAUUGAGGCAAUGCUGUACUUGGAAAAAUGUUUUUGUUCCCUCCCUCACUUGCAUGUCCAAAGCUUCAAACAAAUCGUUUUUUCCGAAAGCAUAGCCUGGAGGCUUUUAAUUCCAAACCCAUCUGAGGGAAAUAUUUAACCCGCCUUUGUUUGCCGUCCUUGGCGACAACAUAUCUGCUUGUAAUGAUAUUGGCUCAAGGAGGGCCGGCCCGCUCUUGUGUGGUCGGUCAUUGUUGAUUGUACAUCAAACAAUGGCGCUCUCUUACUCCACUUUCAAAGGUGAACACGACCCAUUUGUCCUCCAAAGCCAUCAGAGUUUAAUGUGUUCAUGCUCGCCAUAUUUCUAGUUCAACUUUAAGAUUGCAGAGGUACAACAAUCUCGAUCUACAAUCUAAUUUUUGCCGAUAUUUAUGUGUCGGGGCUGAGAAGUGAGGAAGUAGCGAGGAGUGGCGAAAGCCAUCCCACUCCUCCUCCUCCCCCCCCGGCCCCUCCCCAUCUGAUGUCAGGCCAUGUCGCAUGAGCUAAACCGGGCAUCCUGUAAUUUUCAUUGGACUUGUUUGGUUUGGGGAAGUACUUGGAUUACUAGGUAAAAGUGGAUUUUUUUUUGUGUGCAGCUGAAUCAGCAGGUAACUGGCUACAAAACAGCAAACAUGCUGCAAGAGCUCAAGGAGUUUGGCUCACACGCCAUGGAUAUAUACGACUACCUCGUCGCAGGAGUUGAUCCUCGAGUGAAGAAUCAUUUCCUGAUGCAGAGUCCUGUUCCCAUGACUGCAAUUUUGCUGUGCUACCUGUUCUUUGUACUGUACCUUGGCCCUCAUAUUAUGGCCUCCCGAAAGCCUUUCCAGUUAAAGGAAGCCAUGAUCGUCUAUAAUUUUUCACUGGUGGCACUGUCGAUAUACAUCGUUUACGAGUUUUUGAUGUCUGGUUGGGCCACGACGUAUACUUGGCGAUGUGACGCAAUCGAUAUGUCUGACAGCCCUCAAGCACUUCGAAUGGUUGAGGUAGCCUGGUUGUUUUGGUUCUCCAAAAUUAUCGAGCUCAUGGACACUAUCUUCUUUGUGUUGAGAAAAAAGAGUGGGCAGAUCACCUUUCUGCACAUCUUCCACCACUCUUUCAUGCCCUGGACUUGGUGGUGGGGAGUUGGCUACGCUCCCGGUGGAAUGGGCUCCUUCCACGCAAUGGUGAAUUCUUCUGUCCACGUGAUCAUGUAUUUCUACUAUUUCCUCGCUGCCGCCGGACCUCGCUUCCAGAAGUUCCUGUGGUGGAAGAAAUACAUGACAGCCAUUCAGCUCACCCAGUUUGUCCUGGUAUCCCUCCACGUGACUCAGUAUUACUUCAUGGACAGCUGCGACUACCAGUUCCCCAUCAUCAUCCACAUGGUGUGGGUUUACGGCACCUUCUUCUUCGUGCUCUUCUCCAACUUCUGGGUUCAGGCCUACGUCAAGGGCAAGCGGCUGCCCAAGCAGGACAUCAAGUCGCGUCACAACGGCACGGCCGCCGCCCCACCUGCAGUCUACGCUAACGGCAAGCACCACGAGAACGGCGUCAAACACACCGCGGCCAACGGCACCAGCAACGGUUCGGCCCACUACGAAAACGGCAGCGCUCCCAUGGGCAAGAUGAAGAAGGCCUAGGGAUGCAGGAAGAAAACUCCCAAAAAGUAUGACCUCACUAAGCCGAUGCACCGAUCACGGAUUCCAAAGAUGAUUUUGGCUGUGUUUCUUGUCCUAUUUUGAGUUGUCUCUGUGAACCGUGGGAGGGAAGUCACGCGGUCCAUGACUUCCACAAAGGGGGAUUCCACAUUCGGUUGGUUCGGUUGUCUCUCUGAGUUUUUGGGGAAAGCACAAUUUAUGAAGAGAAGAUUUUCACUGACUUACGAGUUUAGUAUCACACUGGUUGCCUUUCAUGUGUCCUCAAUAAACCCCUUUGUGGACAGACGACUGUACAGAAGACUUGAAAAGACUUUUUACCUGUAAAUAGUUUUACAACCAAAUGACUAAUUGUAUUGGUUAGGCUUUCUACUUUCUAAAUUGUGUAUUUAAAAAUAAAAUGCCAAUAAACCAUGAUAGAAAUGA